AGACUUGCGCCGCAGCCGAUUUACGCUCAACGUUUCAAGGUUCAUCAAAUUGCUUUUGCUUCUUUUCUGGCAGUCUAAUCCAGCCUCUACAAGACACUGCUUGCUUGUCUACAUCCAAUACCUCUACCUGUUUCGGGUCCAGGCAUCACUCUUGCAAGUGUACUAACAAUCAUUUUUUCAAAUCCACUACCUGAGUCACCACAAUGACGAGCUUUACCAUCUCAGACAGCCAACUUGAUGAGUUGAAAGGUCAAGUGGCUGUGAUUACAGGGGCAUCUUCGGGAAUUGGGCUUGCAACACUUCGAAGGAUUAUCAAGCACGGAGGCAAAGUUUUUGCAUGCGACGUCAAUCCGCUACCUGAGCCCGAGGCAUCAUCCGUCCCUUUCUUGAAGGCUGAUGUCUCGUCUUGGAAAGAGCAACUCGAUGUUUUCAGAGCGACAGAAAAGGAAUACGGGAAGAUUGACCAAGUUUUUGCAAAUGCAGGAAUUGGAAAGUCAACGACCUUGCUGGACGAUAGCGUCGACGAAAACGGCGACCUGCUUGCACCGAUGCUAGACACAAUCAACAUCAACUUGAUCGGCGUGAUAUACACAGUGAAGUUAGCCAUACAUUACAUUCAGAAGAACCCGAAUGGUGGAAGUAUCGUCAUAACAGCUUCAGGAUCAAGCUUCCAACGAUUCCCGGUUGAGGAUUAUACCAAGCACGCUGUUCUCGGGCUUGUACGUGCUCUGCAACCCCAACUCCACCCCAAACUCCCGAUUCGUAUCAACGCCAUCGCCCCGUCUUGGACCGACACAGCUAUUGUGCCUCGCACUAUUGUUGCUGCUCUAGGCGAAUCCAUUGUGCAGUCGGCAGAUGUUGUCGCUCGUUCUGUAGCGCUGUUGAUGGCUGAUAAGAGGCGUCACGGACAGCUGGUAUACAGCGCAGCAGGCAAAUUCCUGGAAAUGGAAAAUGGGACGGCGGGGUUCCAUGCUCUUACGCAGCAGAUGUUGGAGUUCGAAGAGGAUGAAAUGGAGAAGUUGUUGGCUGCUGAAAGGAGAGUAGAAAAUGUCAUCGACAAUAUGUCAGAGAAGGAGAGACAGCAUCAUACGAACAGAGCUCCAGUGACUAUGGAGUAGAAGGGUUACGAUGAUAUCUUCGGAAUGAUAGCUAUCUAUGUGUGAAUUCUUAAAAAAAGAAAAAUACUCAUCUUCCUACUUACCGUGUCAUCACAUGC